AUGUCUUCAAGUAUAGCAAUUAACAACCAUCAUGCAGACAAGUCGUUGCCUCCGCUGCUGUUGCUUCCGUCAGUGAUCCAUUUUGAGGCGCAUCAAGGCCAGUCUGGCGGUGGCGGUGCUGGUUAUGACGGUGGUGGAGGUUACGAUGGGGCUACGACGCCGACGUCUUCGUACGAUUCUACUAUGUUGCAUAAUGAUAAUGACAAUGAUAAUAAUAAUAAUAAUAAUAAGCCUAGAAGUCCGUAUUCUGAAAGUUCCAACACAUCCUUAAGUUUGGAGCGUUUAGCGCUUCUGGCCAUUAGUAAGAAUGAGCAGUUUUCGAGCUAUCCUAAUGAUUCGUACUAUAAUCCUCGUUUGUCACAAAAGGUGCUUCUGCAACAGCAGGGAAGUCAGGAAAUGCAUGCGGAUCAUGUUCCCGGCGCUGUUAUGGCGGCAGCUGGUGGGGGUGGGGGGGGUCCUGCCUCUAUUUCGGGUGGGCAUUCAGACCGUACGACGGUGACAUCUUUAGAUACCAGAAGUAUAACGCCCAAUGCUGCCAGAUCGGUACUGCAUUAUGGAGCUUCCUACAAUACGCCGCGUUCCCCUGAGUCCACACGAGGUGUAUCUGUCUCACCCCUCAUGGCUCACAGUAAUACCAAUAAUGGAGGAGGUGGGUUUCAGUCGUCGGAGGACUGCCGUCGGACGUCCACUCCGCCACCAUCUUCCUCGCACCACCAGGAGCCAACGGUGAUCGCUGCUUCUAAAUAUAAGAGGCAGCGUACUGGUCCCAGCUGUGAUAUCUGCCGUUCGAAGAAGAUCAAAUGUGAUGCUACUAUUUCGAUUUUGUUCCAGGAUGCGUCUGUGACGAGUCUGUUUAACAAUCUUUUACACUCAGAGGUUGAUAUAGGAGAGCUUGGAAUGGACUGGGUCAGCCAGAUCCCGGAGGACAUAAAGCAGGCUCUCUUAACAAAGGAGUUAACACUACUCAAACACGUUGAUAAGCUUAUUGCGUUCAAACCGUGUACCUCUUGUUUUAGGAGGAAAAACUGUUUCUGCACUUUCAGCAAGGGUUUUACCAGGGCAGACAUUAACGUCUUUACAAACUUAUGCAUCAAGUCCGGUCAAAGGGAUUCUAUUGAUCAAUUUAACCUGAACGAUUAUAGAAAUUGUGGUUACCAGAUAUGA